UUUGGAUCACCAUUCUCUCAAGAAGAAAAACACACACACACACGAAAACAAAAUGAAAAUCGUCGCAGUUCUCGUUGCACUGUCAGUGUCCAUGGUCCUGGCGUCCGACUGCCCAAACAAUAUUAGUGAAUGCCAAGGAAUACAGUGCGGAACUGGCUUUCACCUGGAGUGUGUUAAUACAAUCUGCACGUGUUCAACGAACACUGGUUGCGUGCUCAGCAGCGAAUGCACCGAUACCGCCGACCGCACGUGCGAUGGCAACCGCAACUGGGUGUGUAUAGACAACCGGUGUCGCUGUUUUCGCACAUCAACUGUCGGCUAACAGGAGACAUGGAAUAAAAUAGUUUUGCGGUCUUUUGAGCUAAUAAAUAUUCAGAAGUUGA